GUUUUGUUUUUAUUUUUUUUAAAAAUGUUAUUUUAUUAGUAUUUUACUUUAAUAAUUAAAGGGUGUUUUAGUAAUAAUAAUGGAUGGAAAGAUAUCCAAGAUUGUGUUUUUACAAAUUUAAAUAAUGAUUGUGAAGAUAAAGUAGGUGGGGAAAUAGAAUGGGGGUGAAAAUAGUAGCACUAGAUAAAUUGAGUUUUAGGUUGAAAUCUUUAUUCUGCGUUGUUUUUUUUUUUUUGGCGAGUGUUUUAAAAUGAUAAAAUAUUUAAUUACAAAAGGCAGAUUACUCCCAGAGGCGGUCAGUUUUAUUGCAAAAGAUACAAUAUAUACGCACCAAAGCAAAUGAAGUUGGCAGAUAACUAUUAAUAUUAAGCGUUUAUGGAUCUGGAUUUAACAAACUCUUAUGAAUUUAUCAUAGCUAUAGUAAAUGCUUUGAAAUCCAAAUGUAGAUAAUUAUGUUUAAAUUUGUUAAUAAAACAAAAUGAUCCUAAACCGAAAAAGUUGAGCUCCAUUUGGAUGAUGCCGGAUGCUUGGCCCGCAAGUUCUUUUCUCACUCCUACUUCAAUUUGGAAAAAGGAAACCCUAUAAAUGUACUCCACUCCACACCCACACCACCAACACAUUCCCAAUCAAAAUAGAAACAAAUGGCUCUCAUUCGACAACGACGCCAGCUUAAUCUCCGGCUCCCCUUGCCCGAAUCCUCCGAGUGCCGCCCAUGUGUCUCCGUUCCCCUCCCUCCCACCGCCACUGUUACGGCCGCAGUCACAAACAACUCUUCCUUCGGCUCUAUCUCCGCCGUCGAUCUCGAGAAACUCCAAGUCCUCGGCCACGGUGACAGCGGUACCGUCUACAAGGUAAAUCACAAGCGGACUUCCAACACCUACGCUCUCAAACUCGUUCAUGCCCACUCCAACGACCCCACAGUCCGCCGUCAGCUCUUCCGCGAGAUGGAGAUCCUCCGCCGUACCAACUCUCCCCACGUCGUCCGCUGCCACGCUAUCUUUGAGAAGCCGUCGGGAGAUAUCGGGAUCCUCAUGGAGUACAUGGACUCCGGCACCCUCGAGACCUUGCUUAAAGCCCAAGGCACUUUCUCCGAGCCCAAUCUUGCCCACGUCGCCCGCCAAGUUCUUAACGGCCUCAACUACCUCCACACCAACAAGAUCAUCCACCGCGACAUCAAACCCGCCAAUGUUUUGGUGAACAGCAACAUGGAAGUGAAAAUCGCCGACUUUGGCGUGAGCAAGAUCCUGUGCCGGACCUCGGACGCCUGCAAUUCCUACGUGGGUACUUGUGCUUACAUGAGCCCGGAAAGAUUCGACCCGGAUACUUACGGCGGAAAUUACAACGGCUACGCCGGUGACAUAUGGAGCCUAGGUCUGACCCUGAUGGAGCUUUACAUGGGUCACUUCCCGUUGUUGCCUCCGGGUCAGAAACCCGACUGGGCCACGCUCAUGUGCGCCAUAUGUUUCGGAGAGCCGCCGAGCUUGCCCGAGGGGGUGUCGGAGGAGUUUCGGAGUUUCAUGGAGUGUUGCUUGCAGAAGGAGUCCGAAAAGCGGUGGACCGCCGCUCAGCUUUUGACCCACCCAUUCGUCUCUACAGAUCCGAGCAUAUCCGUUUCCUAAUGGGGUCGCCGGAUUUGGCAUGAACUCCAAUUUUUUUUGUUUUCUGUAGAGAGUUACCGUUUCUAUGGUUCCGAGUUUUGUGUACAUACUGGGCCGGAUUCGGAUUCGGAUUCUGAUUCUUUGUUUAUGAAAUUACUUUAAUUCGUUUCAAUCUUUUCAAGUUGAUGAUGUGCAUCUUACUGUUUAUCUUUAAUUAAACUUGAUUAAGAUAA